AUGAGCGAGGUGGUAAAAAAGGAGGUUGAGAAGCUAAAGGCAGCAGGAAUGAUAUAUCCAAUCUCUGACAGCCCAUGGGUAAGCCCUGUACACGUCGUACCUAAGAAAGGUGGAAUUACAGUAAUGAAGAACGAAAAGAAUGAACUAAUUCCUACCAGAAAUGUCACUGGAUGGCGAAUGUGUAUUGACUACAGAAGGUUGAUUCAAGCCACCAGAAAGGAUCACUUCCCAUUACCCUUUAUAGACCAGAUGUUGGAAAGAUUAGC